GGAACCAUUUUCCCGGCUCCCAAUUUCAACCCCAUCAUGGAUGCCCAAAUGCUGGGGGGAGCGCUCCAAGGAUUUGGCUGUGACAAAGGCAUGCUGAUCAGCAUUCUAACUCAACGCUGCAACUCACAGAGGCUGAUGAUCGCAGAGGCAUACCAGAACAUGUAUGGCCGGGACCUGAUUGGUGACUUGAAGGAGAAGCUUUCAGAUCACUUCAAAGAUGUUAUGGUUGGCCUCAUGUACCCACCACCAUCUUAUGAUGCUCACGAACUCUGGCAUGCCAUGAAGGGAGUAGGCACUGAAGAGAAUUGCCUCAUUGAUAUAUUAGCUUCAAGAACAAAUGGAGAAAUUUUCCAAAUGCGAGAAGCCUACUGUUUGCAGUACGGCAGUAACCUUCAAGAAGACAUUUACUCAGAGACCUCAGGACACUUCAGAGAUACUCUCAUGAACUUGGUCCAGGGAAGCAGAGAGGAAGGUUACACAGACCCUGCCAUGGCUGCUCAGGAUGCAAUGGUCCUGUGGGAAGCCUGUCAGCAGAAGACGGGGGAACACAAAACCAUGCUACAGGUGAUCCUGUGCAACAAGAGUUACCAACAGCUGUGGCUGGUAUUCCAGGAAUUUCAAAAUAUUUCUGGGCAAGACAUAGUGGAUGCCAUUAAUGAAUGUUAUGAUGGAUACUUUCAAGAGCUGCUAGUUGCGAUAGUUCUCUGUGUUCGAGACAAACCAGCCUACUUUGCUUAUAGACUACAUAGUGCAAUCCAUGACUUUGGUUUCCAUAAUAAAACUGUAAUUAGGAUUCUCAUUGCCAGAAGUGAAAUUGACCUGAUGACCAUCAGGAAACGAUACAAAGAGAGAUAUGGAAAAUCCCUAUUUCAUGAUAUCAAAAAUUUUGCUUCAGGGCACUAUGAGAAAGCGCUGCUUGCCAUCUGUGCUGGGGAUGCUGAAGACUACUAAAUCAGGGGAAGGCUUGGGAACACCGUGCACGCCUCUUUAUAGACAUGUCAAAUAUAGAUUUUGUCGUGAAUUUGCAUUGUUAGUAGCAUUGUAACAAAACUAUGAAUCAUAUUCCCUCUUCUAUCUUUAAAAUUAUUCUAAGCCAAAGAAAACUGUGUUGAUACAUUUAUGUGAGACUGGAUUUUUACUUAUUAUCUAAAUCAAACAUUUAUUAAAUUGUGUAUAAUGGAAUAAUAAAAAA